AUGUAUGUGAAAUGCUUUGAAACAGCAAUGUUUUGCUAUGUAAUAAUUGUUUUAAAAAAAAUUCUUUUUUUUUAAAUUUUCAAAUUUGCCGCGGGUUCCGGCGCCCGCGCCCGUAUGUCCCGACGUCACAGGGACCGGAACACAGAAGUCGGAUGCCGUCAUGGGCCGGAGGAGAUGGCCGGGGAUGCUGCAGGGGACACAUCGCGGGAGCGAAGGACAAGGUAAGUGCUGCAGGGACCCCCUGAGCAACGCACAUGGUAAGCCCGAGUGUAGCUCAGGGUUACCGCUCUUGGUAUUGAAAUUUUACCCCGAGCUACACACGGGAAAACCACUAAGGAGGUUAACAAGGGGAUAAAA